GUAGGUGUUCUGGGAGGUUGGGUCACGCAGCCUUGUGUCACUGGUUGAACCGCCCUCAAGGGAACCGGCAUCCGUGAGGAAACGGGGAGAAAGCAAUUGCAUUUCUGAAAAUGCACCGGGAAAUGUUAGAACAGCAGCAAAGCGAUGCUGGGAAUGUGGAAACAACCCCCGGGUUCGGCUUUCGCCUUGAAGCUCACCGCAUAGUGAGUAUCUCGCUGGGAAAGAUCUACCACUCCCGGGUGCAGCGCGGCGGCAUCAAACUGCACAAGAACCUGAUGGUGUCCCUGGUACUGCGCAGCGCCCAGCAGGUCUAUCUGAGCCAAGGGCCGGAAGAGUUACAGCAGGAGUAUUACCUGAGGCAGGAGCCGCUCCAUAACCCCGGCCCGCAGGACUGCAGGGAGCCCGAGCCGCGCUCAUUCACGGGGGAUGCUCCGUGUCCUCGUAUGGCGGCCCCUGAGCAGACAGACGCACGGACAUGUUCAUGCCCAACAACGAGCAGCUCAGACGACUCGGCGAACCCCCGGGGGGUGCCAUGCUGCCCGUGCCAGGGACAUGACACCGAAACCUGCCGAGCCCACUCGGCGUCCCAGCACAAACCAGAGCAGAGCGGCCCAGAUCCCCCGAGUAACUACUGUCGGAAGAGAAGCGGAGGAAACCCGCCAGAUGGGCCGGCCAUGAAGCGAGCAAAGAGGGAACAAGGAGAGCAGGAGGUGCCAGAGCCAGGGGACGAGGCGGAGGAACACAUGGAGACCGAGAACGUGACAAACCUCAUCAGCAUCUUCGGCUCCAGUUUCUCGGGACUUCUUAGCAAAGAGCCUGGGACUGAGGCGGCUGAGGAGCCCGCGCAGGACGUGCAGGAAUUGGACUCUGCGGGCCCAGCCGGUAAAGGUUGCAGUGAAAGGGCGAUUAGCCCAAGCAUGACCUCCUGGAGCACAGCCAUAGAAGCCUUCUGAGCCAGCCCAUCCUCACUGAGACUGCUGCUGCUGGCACACAGCUCUAUGUAUGGAUUGUUUUAUAUAGACUGGAUCGUGAUGAUGCAGGGUUUGACUGAGCUCCAGUAAGGCUCUUGUGUUGCCCCAUGUCUGGAUGCCUAAUGUUGUGUUUGGAUUGGCGGGCAAAGUUUGCUAUCUUGCUAAAGCACUUAUGGCAGAGAUCUUUCAACCAGUGCACCUCCAGCUUCUGGUGAACUACAAUUAUUUAGCACUGGCUCUCUAGAGAGGCUGGGAGUUGUAGUCCACAACAUCUAUUCUUUUCCUCCUGGUUGAAGAUCCCUGACUUAAAGGGAUGCCACGUGUACAGUUUACUUAACUCAGUCGUUGCCAGAAGACACAAUGAAAGUGUUACACGCCAUCUCGCCAGGGACUUGGGCACUCCUGGGACAUCCAUGAUUUUCUGUUUCUGUAAGUGUGAAAUGCUUUCAGAUAGCUGGAUCUCGUGGGUAGUUUAGGGGUGUGACAAGUCCCAGCUGGCACUGUAGGUGCAUUAAGGUCAAUAAUUCAAUCAACACUAAUUUAAUGAAACCAUUGCUAUUAUAUUGUAAUAACUGUUUUUUUUUUUCAUCUGGGGGAGUUAUUUCCCUGAGGCAAUAAGCAUCAGUCCAGUAACACCCCCCUCCCCCGUUUGAAAGAAUGUUCCCCAUCCCCCCACCUCUAUGAUCACCGCGUGUUAGGGGAGUUCCCCAUUUGGGGGGGGGGAGAGGGAGGGAGGUUUCCAUCUGUUCACCCUGCCCUUUUCUUGCCUAUUGUGUUAUGGCUCCUCCUGUCUACUACUGCUUCAUGUUUCAUGUCCUGACUUGAGGCAAAUGCCAAAGUGUUCAAACUGCUUAGUGGUCCCUUAUUUCCACACACCCAUACCAUUUGUUUAGUUAAUUUUGUCACUUAAGUUCAUAAGUAAGUGUUUUCUAGAACUUGCAAAUUUGGUUUUGUUUCAGUUAAUCUAUAACAUGUCAAUGUCCAAUUUAUUUUUUUUUAAAUUUUGAGCACACGCAAUUCCUGGUACUACCCCUCCCCAAGCCACCCACCAUCCUUUGGUUUCUAUUUACUGUAAGCAUGAGGAAGUGACUGUUCAAUGUAUCAGUGUCAACCUAUUGAGGAGAAAGGAAAACCCAAUGAAAUGUAUUUUAUCUGCUGGAAAUGUUGGUCAGGCUUGGUGCUCCUGUGCUCAGUCCAGCCCUGCGUGCACAGUCAGAUCUCUCUUUGUUUUAGAAGAUGAGUUAUUCUGGCCGAACGUGAUUUAAACAAUGGUUUACAGUAUUUUUAUGCACAAUGCUGUAACUGACUUCUGUAUACUAUGUUUCUACGUGUUUGACACGUAUUAAAUAUUUUGAAAAGUU